UUAACUACAAAAACAAAAUGUCUGCGUACAUGAUCAUUGUGACAAUAUACAAUUUUGAUAUUUUGAGUUAAUUAAUUUUAUGCAUCAUUUUGCUUGUUUUGAUGUAAGCCAUGCUAGGCAGUGUGUUUAAAGGCUUAGCCUUACUGGCAUCCACUGUUAUAGCUGUUCCGUACACGGUUGCGCUACUCUGCAAUGUUCUCUAUGGAUGGCCCCAGGUUCGGGGCAAGUACAGAAGAGCUUUUCACCCUAAGAAAGUGUUUGCUCUCAACUACUCAGUGGUACAAAAGUUAACCUUGCUGAGGUUUUUCUGUCUUUAUUGGAAGUGGAAGUAUUUCUACACUAAUGCACGAAGAUCUGAGCUUAUAAAGGAUGUGCCAUAUGGACGAAAUUACCGCACCCUGGAUAUUUACUCUUCCCAGCUUGGUGUGUCAUCGGAGCUGAAGCCUGUGGUGAUCUUUGUUUACGGUGGAGCCUGGGGAUCGGGUGACAAGCACGUCUACUGUCUUCUAUGUAGUCAGCUAUCACAUCGACUCGGGGCGGUCGUCUGCUGCCCAAACUACUCCCUGUAUCCACAGGGUUAUGUGGAUGACAUGAUCCAGGAUGUUGUGGAUUGUAUCAGUUGGACUUACGAGAACAUUGAGUCGUAUGGAGGAGAUAAGGAUAAGAUAAUACUGAUUGGUCAUUCAGCCGGUGCACAUCUCUGUGCAAUGUCCAUUCUCGAACUGCUUCAUGACGAACGAGUGCAUAAGUCGGGCAAGGGCCGACACCUCCAGUUUGACGAUCAACAUUAUGACGGGGUGAACAGCAACCACAACCAGGCAGACAGUUCUGCGUCUUCAGACUCGUUCGCGGUCGUUGGUGAAAACGGAGAUGGUCAAAAUCUCGAGGGAAGUAACUCUGGAAGCAUGUUCGAGAUUCUCAACGGACAGAACCGCAGCUUGUCGGCUAGCACGGAAACAAACUACUUUGAGAAGAGUGUAGAGGAUUUCGGACUCAAUGGAGGUGGGGACAGAUUACUGGAAGAACAGAAAUCUGCGACCGUUAGGCCGGCAGUUGCCAAAACAAUUGAAGUUCAAGAACAAGGUCACAAGCCUGGUCCCGAACCUGAUCCAGAACAUGGUGGUCAAGGAGGUGGUCAAGGAGAUGGUGAAGACCAAGGUCAGGGUGGUGGGGAAGGGGAGGAGGAAGAGGAUGAUACAGGGGAUGACGAUGAUUCAGUGGUGACGGUGAAACCCAAGGACAUAGAGCGACAUCCCACCCUUGUUGACCUGUGCAAGUCAGUGAAGGCUUUCAUUGGUCUAGCUGGUGUGUAUAAGAUAGAAGACCAUUACAUACACGAGUCAGAUCGAGGGAUCGAGGACGUAUCCAGUAUGGCUCGGGCUAUGUAUGGGGAAGAUCACUUCGACAGGUUUUCACCAACCGUCAUCAUAAAAAACCUUGCCAGAAGCAUCAGCCUUCCAAAGAUUGUAUUAGUCCAUGGAACGGAAGAUUACAUCGUUCCACUGACAUCAACCACAAAGUUUGCCGAUGCGUUGAGCGACAUACUUGCCGAUGUGACGGUGCGCAUUGUGCCCGGCUGUGACCACUACGAACUGUGUUUAGAUUUGAUGGAUCCCGACAGAAAACACUUUGACUCUGUGAUGGGCAUCAUCAUGGAAACGGCCAAUCACGUUGUUUGAUAGACAAGUAAAAACUAAAUCAAAUUUAGAUGUCUGUAUAUACAUACAUACGCACACACACACAGUAGCCAGUUUAGAUGUCUGUAUAUACAUGCUAGGGUGCAGUGACAUUGUACAUUGAUGUGAGUAUUUGUCUGAAAAAUGUGCGAUGGAUGGAUAUUUCAGACUCUGGGUUCACACUAGAAACAGAUUCAGUUUUAGCCACGUUACGAACAUUUUUGUGUGAAAGUUUUUAAGACUUGGCCAGAUUAUGCAAAAUAUUCUUUUGCCAUGUGUUUAGUUUUAUCCAUUCUGUAUAAAAACUCAACGUUUCUUUUAGUGAGUCCUCCAAGACUAAUUUGAAAAAAAAAAACCCAAAACCUAGAAUUUUCUUUGUAUGUUAGUACAUUUUUAACGCCAAAUAGAAAUUCGAUGUUAUAUGGUGUCACAUGUAACGGAUUACCGGUGUUAUAGUUUUCACUCCUGUGUUGUUUGAGACUCAAAGUCAGAUGCUUCUGGUUAUACAACAUUUAAGUUGUUUGCAAAUUAAUUUGUUUGCUAACUAUGGCUGUUUAUAUAUGUUGAGCUUUAUUCAGAGUUUUUAAAACCGAUUUUCUAACCAAGCAAUUCCAAAUGUGUGUUUAUGUGGUAGUGUUGUGAACAGGGUGGAAUUUUAUCAACCAUUGGUUAUUGGUUCUGCAUUAAGUAAUCAACUUUGUGAUCCAGCAGUGCAGUGUCAAAAAGACAUUCAAAUAAGAUGGGAUGUUUUGUAAAAGAACUUAUGUCACCAUAUGGCUACUCUUUAAUAUGUAUUUAAACAAUACCUCUUGAAAGAAGUAUUAAAACAAAACAAUGGAAUUUCAUAAGUGAUUGUUUACAAAACAGACUGUAUAUCUAGUGGUUAUUAUCUUUUUUUAUUCACAACAUCAUGUAUAGUUUGUUGAUUAUUUGGAAGGCAAAACUCUCUACUAUUUUCCUUUCCAAAUUUGAUGUGCUCAAAAAUUUGGUUUUACAGUCUUACUUUGUGUUCAGUCAUAACUAAAUGUGGAGAUGCCUGUACAAAGAUUUUUAGAUGCAUAUUAGUUCUUGGUGUUAAAGGUACUGUGGGCAGCUUCUCCAUGUACAAGAGAACAUGAAAACACAUGGGGGCGGGAUUUAGCUCAGUCGGUUGAGUGCUCGCUUGAUGUGCUUGCAUCACAGGAUCGAAUCACCUUGGUGGAUCCAUUUAGCUGAUUGUUUUUUUCUCUCAUUCCAACCAGGCACUACA